CCGUCUGCUACAAGUGAGCUGCGUGGCCAGAUUAGCGAGGUAUCCACUCGACACUCAGGUCUGCUCCGUGGCUCUGCUUGGAUAUAACGGCAUACGGUACCGACUGCAGCCGUCUACGUUACCCAAACGGGCCCCCAUCAAGAGCGACGCUACAGGGGUGGUGUCACAGUUCACGUUCAUCGGAGUGGAGGAACGGGCGGUGUUCAAGUCAUUCAUCACCAACGGCACAGGUACAGCCUCCUGCAUCUACCUCAAGCAGGACUGUGAUUACCGUCCCGAAAAGUGCAUGACGUCACUGUCAGACGAGUGCAGAGGGACUGGUUGUGGCCACUGCUUCCUCGUCAUCGGGGACUGCCAACAUCAACUGGAGACCUGUCAGCAGUACAUUGAUGGUAACUAUUAGUUUGCACCAUGCCACACUGUUAGGAGGGCAAACCGCUCAUAUGGCUACUGAGACUAACUACUUGAAUGCUUGUUGUUUCAGACACCAGCGCGUUCACGUCCCUGGAAGUCCAUGUCCGGCUCCGAAGAGUCCUCUGGCGGUACAUCCUCACCGCCUACCUCCCGUCCACCGUCGUCGUUACGGCGUCUUACCUGCAAACGUGGCUGUCGCCCUCACAAGCCGCCAUUUCUCCCAGAGUAGUUCUCGGCGUGAUGUCGGUACUGACAAUGAUCAAACAAAUGGGGAAGACUGUGCGCAUGCCCUGGGUUGAUGAACCGAGAGCAGUUGACAUCUGGAUGCUGGGGUGUCUAUCGUUCGUGAUUGUGGCACUUCUGGAGACGGCUGUAACACACUACCUCUCAUUGACCACUCAAGAGAAGGAGAAGAAGGAAAUCCGUGCAGAGAAGCGGGAGAGAGAACGGAACCCGCCUGUCCAAAUACCCCGACCUGGACUGAGGGACUCAUCGGUGAGGGCUCACAAGCCAUCCGAACACCAGAAGACCGCGAUCCCCGAGGAGCCGAUAUCCAUCCCUCGAGCACGACUGAGCAAGCCCUCCAGGCUUAGGUGGCACCAGCUGACUGAUAAGGAAUGGGUGGUGGUGAUCAAACAAAAAUCAAAGGUUAAUGAACUCAAGCAGUCAGACGACAAUGUUGUUAAGCCGCGAGACCAUGACAGCAGCCCAACUGUCUCGUACACUCCUCCCACGAUGAUGUCCCGUACCAUGUACACAAACGUGCCGGCUUUUGACGCUAGAGCCGUCGGGCCGAGUGCAGCCGAACGGGCUGACAGCAUGGCGGGAAAAACAGAUCGACAUGCCAGGGUCAUACUGCCGGUCCUUUUCCUUAUAUUUAGCAUUGGAUAUUGGAGCUUUUAUCAGUAUUAAGUGGUUAAGAUACAAAGUUAAUUGCCUUGUGAUACUACUGUACCAUUGUGAUUGUGUAGUUUUGUAAUGACUGCCGGAAUUGUUUAGAAAUGCACUAUAUUCCAUGGUAGGAGUCUGAAAAAGAGAUGGAUGUCGCUAGAUGUCAAUUAUGGAAAUGAUGACCUUAUUUGCAUAAGCUAUGGGAAAGUGAUCUGUCUACAUAGUGGUAAAAAUGUAAUUGAAGAAGUGAUUUGGAAUCAUAAG